UUGGAAGCUAAGAAAGUGGUAUAAAUUAUCAUUGGGUUUACUGCAAUGAAAAACAUCUUAUGAAAACAACAGAAGAAUCAUGUCGAUCAAAUCCAUACUGACUUAUUUAAAAGUUCCCAAUAGCAUUUCUUCACUGGCUAGCCACAACGAAUUGCUCUGGUUAGGUAUCAUGAUUAAUUACAAAAGCAUACAGGUUCGCAACAAGUCAUUUAAACGCUAUCUUGAUUAUUCAAACGUUCCUAAACUGGAUGAGGCUGAUCUGGAGGAGCAGUUCAUCCGGGGUAGUGGUCCAGGUGGUCAAGCAACGAACAAGACGAACAAUGCGGUCCUGUUGAAACACAAGCCCACAGGGCUCGUCGUCAAGUGUCAUGAGACAAGGAGCCAGUGGGACAAUAAGAAACGCGCUCGUGAAAUCUUGGUGACAAAGCUCGACAACUUGCUGAACAAGGAACGCUCUAUCGAAGCCCAGAUACAUGCUCUUGAGAAAAAACAGCAGACACAAAAAGAAUACAAGAGAAAAAAGCUGAACGAAAUGAAAAAAGCAUUUCGCGAACGUGAAGGCUUGACGUGACACGUGGUUCUAUGUACAUUUCUUCUAGAAUGUAAAUUGAUUUAGGAAUGAAUAAAAUUAUUUGAAGAAGAGACAACAUAAAACGCACUAAAAAGAGCCAACUUAUAAAUGUUAACUAAUUGAAUCUAU